UUUAUUGGGGUCAAAUGUUGCAAUUAUCGUACAUUAGACGCAAGACAGACAAAUGAGGAUAUUUGUAAGAAUAGCGCGCGGCUUCUACGUUGUCGCAGUAAUUGUUUAUCUUGCAAUAAAUUGAAAGAGUUUAGAGGCCAAGGAGGGAGUGAUAUGCGUAUCAGUUUUUAACGUUCGGAAAAAUUCUAGCGUUAUCAGCCGAUUCUUUAUUCAAUAUUAGCACGUCUUUCCUGUUUCCAGUGUUCUUCGAUCUCCAGUGAACGAGAUAUGGCGCAGCGCAUAGCUCUACUCAGCGUGUCCGACAAGACGGGGCUUUUGCAGCUGGGCAAAGGUCUGCACGAGGUGGGAUUCACGCUCGUGGCGAGCGGAGGAACGGCGAAGGCGCUCAGGGAUACUGGUCUUCCCGUUAAGGAUGUGAGCGAUAUUUCCGGUGCGCCAGAGAUUCUCGGCGGUCGCGUGAAGACGCUGCAUCCGGCCGUGCACGGAGGCAUCCUCUCUAGAAACAUCCCCAGCGAUCUGGCCGAUUUGCAGGAGCAGGAGAUUAACAUGAUCCAGGUGGUCGUGUGCAAUCUCUAUCCGUUCGUGCAGACCAUUUCCAAGCCGGACGUGACUAUUGCCGAUGCUGUUGAGAACGUGGACAUCGGUGGAGUGACACUCCUCAGAGCUGCCGCCAAGAACCACAGUCGUGUCACCAUUGUUUGCGAUCCCAAAGACUACGGCAAAGUCCUCGAGGAGAUCAAAAGCAAUCUUGAUACGAGCGCGGAGACGAGACAGCAGCUUGCCCUCAAGGCCUUCAUCCACACCUCCGAGUACGACUUGGCAAUCUCCGAUUACUUCCGUAAACAGUUCGCCGGCAACGGACAAGCGCAACUCUCGCUGAGGUACGGCAUGAAUCCGCACCAGAAACCCGCACAGCUGUACACGAACCUGCCGCAGCUUCCGCUGAAGGUCAUCAACGGGUCCCCGGGUUACAUCAAUCUGUGCGACGCUCUCAACGGCUGGCAACUCGUCAAGGAACUGAAGAAGACGCUCGGACUUCCUGCAGCCACCAGCUUCAAGCACGUGUCUCCGGCAGGCGCAGCCAUCGGUGUUCCCCUCACCGACGAUGAGGCGAGCGUGUGCAUGGUGACCGAUGUAAUCGACAAGUUGAGUCCGCUUGCCGUGGCUUACGCAAGGGCGCGCGGCGCCGACCGCAUGAGCUCCUUCGGUGACUUCGUAGCCCUCUCAGACGUCUGCGACGAACCGACGGCGAAGCUCAUUUCUCGCGAAGUCUCCGACGGCAUCAUCGCCCCAGGUUACACACCGGAAGCAUUAGAAUUGCUCAAGAAGAAGAAAGGAGGUGGAUACUGCGUCCUUCAGAUGGAUCCCGAAUACGAGCCGGAAACCACCGAGAGGAAAGUCCUCUUCGGGUUGACGCUCGAGCAGAAGCGAAACGAUGCCGUCAUCGAUGGUAACCUCUUCGCCAACGUCGUGAGCGCAAGGAAAGACUUACCGGAUGCAGCUGUACGUGAUUUGAUCGUAGCGACGAUCGCCCUGAAGUACACGCAGAGCAACUCCGUGUGCUACGCGAAGAACGGCCAGGUUGUCGGCAUCGGAGCUGGACAGCAGUCGAGGAUCCACUGCACGAGACUCGCUGGAGACAAGGCCGACAACUGGUGGCUCAGGCAGCACCCGAACGUCGUCGGCAUGAAGUUCAAGAAGGGCGUGAAACGCGCGGAAAUCUCAAACGCCAUCGACAAUUACGUGAACGGCUCUUUAGGCAAAGACAUGGAUAAGAGCACGUGGAUGGCGAUGUACGACGAAGUGCCGACGGAGCUCACCGAAGAGGAGAAACGUGAAUGGAUCGGCAAAUUGAGCGGAGUGUCUCUGGCUUCCGACGCCUUCUUCCCAUUCAGAGACAACAUCGACAGGGCUCGAUUGAGCGGAGUUUCGUACAUCGGAAGCCCGCAAGGCUCAAACAACGAUGCCGGAGUGAUCGCAGCAUGCAACGAACACAACAUCGUCCUCGCUCACACCACACUAAGGCUGUUCCAUCAUUAACCUCCAAAACAAAAUUAAACUCUCUCUCUCAUUUUUUUUAUAUA